CAUUGUAGGCGGCAGCAGCAGCAGCUGCGUCAGAGGGAGUGUAAAGUGAUCUGGGGGCAGACGAUGGCGCAGUGGAACCAAUUUCAGCAGCUGGACACCAGAUACUUGGAGCAGUUACACCAGCUCUACAGUGACAGCUUUCCAAUGGAGCUUCGCCAGUUCCUUGCCCCGUGGAUAGAGAGCCAAGACUGGGCAUUUGCGGCCAGUAAGGAGUCUCAUGCCACGUUGGUGUUUCACAAUCUCCUGGGGGAGAUAGAGCAGCAAUACAGACGAUUUCUGCAGGAAUCCAAUGUACUUUAUCAACACAACCUGCGACGGAUUAAACAGUUCUUGCAGAGCCGAUAUUUGGAGAAACCCAUGGAGAUUGCUCGGAUUGUGGCCAGGUGUCUGUGGGAAGAAGGGCGACUUCUCCAAACGGCUGCUGCUGCCGCACAGGUGAUGGAGGGAGGCAAGAUGGGCCGACCUGAACACCCCACCGCAGCCGUGGUCACUGAAAAGCAACAGAUGUUGGAGCAACAUUUACAGGACGUGCGCAAAAAGGUUCAGGACCUUGAGCAGAAGAUGAAACUUGUUGAGAACCUUCAGGAUGACUUUGAUUUCAAGUACAAAACUUUAAAAAGUCAAAGUGACCUUUCUGAGAUGAAUGGCAACCAACAGUUGGUCACAAGGCAGAAGAUGCAACAGCUGGAGCAGAUGCUGGCGGCAUUGGAUCAGUUGAGAAGAACUAUUAUUAGUGAUCUGGCCAGUCUCCUGUCAGCCAUGGAGUAUGUGCAGAAGACACUGACUGAUGAAGAACUUGCUGACUGGAAGAGAUGGCAGCAAAUUGCCUGCAUUGGUGGACCCCCAAAUAUUUGCCUUGAUCGACUUGAAAACUGGAUAACUUCCCUGGCUGAGUCCCAGCUGCAGAUCCGUCAACAGAUCAGAAAACUAGAGGAGCUACAGCAGAAAGUUUCCUAUAAGGGAGACCCCAUUGUUCAACACCGACCCAUGCUGGAGGAGAGAAUUGUGGAAUUAUUUAGAAAUCUCAUGAAAAGUGCCUUUGUAGUGGAGAGGCAGCCGUGCAUGCCCAUGCAUCCUGACUGGCCACUGGUUAUUAAGACCGGAGUACAAUUCACUACCAAAGUUAGGCUGCUGGUGAAGUUCCCAGAGCUCAAUUACCAACUGAAAAUCAAAGUUUGCAUUGAUAAGGACUCCGGUGAUGUAGCUGCACUAAGAGGUUCCCGCAAGUUCAAUAUCCUUGGUACAAGCACCAAAGUUAUGAACAUGGAGGAAUCAAAUAAUGGGAGCCUGUCUGCUGAGUUCAAACACUUGACUCUGAGGGAGCAGCGAUGUGGCAAUGGGGGAAGAGCAAACUGUGAUGCCUCCCUUAUGGUGACAGAAGAACUUCAUCUAAUCACAUUUGAGACAGAAGUUUAUCAUCAGGGGCUGAAGAUAGACCUGGAGACUCAUUCCCUGCCUGUUGUGGUGAUUUCCAACAUCUGUCAGAUGCCCAAUGCUUGGGCCUCUAUCCUGUGGUACAACAUGCUGACCAACAACCCAAAGAAUGUCAACUUUUUUACCAAGCCCCCCAUUGGCACUUGGGAUCAGGUGGCAGAGGUGCUAAGCUGGCAGUUCUCCUCCACCACAAAACGUGGCCUAAGUAUUGAGCAGCUAACCACACUGGCAGAGAAACUGUUGGGUCUGUAUUCUGUACACUUCCAGUACAAUAGAAGAAGCCAUGUUGUUACUGCUGCUUUGUGUUUCUCAAUACUCUUAUUUUCUCUUACAGGCCCAGGAGUCAACCAUUCUGGAUGCCAAAUCACCUGGGCCAAGUUCUGUAAAGAAAACAUGGCAGGCAAAGGGUUUUCCUUCUGGGUUUGGCUGGACAAUAUCAUUGACCUUGUGAAGAAAUAUAUUCUGGCACUUUGGAAUGAAGGGCACUGCUCCGUAUCUAAAGACCAAGUUUAUCUGUGUUACCCCGUAAGUACUUAUUCGUUUAUAUCUCUGUGGAUAAAUGUCUUUGUGGUACAUUGCAUACAGGGCAUGACAACAUGUAGUAGCACAUUAGAUUUGCCAAUGUCUCCUCGGACUUUAGAUUCUCUGAUGCAGUUUCCAGGGGAAGGGGCAGAAUCCAGUGCUGGAAACCAGUUUGGUAAGAUUUUAUGUGGCACAUGGUCGCUGCUCUCGCGAGAUCCCGGUAUCUUCCUUACCAGCUUCUACAACACGUCAGUAACCUCGCUUCUGAGCACUGAUCCAAGACAGGGGAGACUUAGUGAUCGGGGGCAGACGAUGGCGCAGUGGAACCAAUUGCAGCAGCUGGACACCAGAUACUUGGAGCAGUUACACCAGCUCUACAGUGACAGCUUUCCAAUGGAGCUUCGCCAGUUCCUUGCCCCGUGGAUUGAGAGCCAAGACUGGGCAUUUGCAGCCAGUAAGGAGUCUCAUGCCACGUUGGUGUUUCACAAUCUCCUGGGGGAGAUAGAGCAGCAAUACAGACGAUUUCUGCAGGAAUCCAAUGUACUUUAUCAACACAACCUGCGACGGAUUAAACUGUUCCUGCAGAGCCGAUAUUUGGAGAAACCCAUGGAAAUUGGUCGUAUUGUGGCCAGGUGUCUGUGGGAAGAAGGGCGACUUCUCCAAAGGGCUGCGGCUCAGCAAGAUGGGCCGGCAUCACACCCCACCGCAGCCGUGGUCACUGAAAAGCAACAGAUGUUGGAGCAACAUUUACAGGACGUGCGCAAAAAGGUUCAGGACCUUGAGCAGAAGAUGAAACUUGUUGAGAACCUUCAGGAUGACUUUGAUUUCAAGUACAAAACUUUGAAAAGCCAAAAUGACCUUUCUGAGAUGAAUGGCAACCAACAGUUGGUCACAAGGCAGAAGAUGCAACAGCUGGAGCAGAUGCUGGCGGCAUUGGAUCAGUCGAGAAGAACUAUUAUUAGUGAUCUCGCCAGUCUCCUGUCAGCCAUGGAGUAUGUGCAGAAAAAUCUGACAGACGAGGAGCUUGCUGACUGGAAGAGUUGGCAGCAAAUUGCCUGCAUUGGUGGACCCCCAAAUAUUUGCCUUGAUCGUCUCGAAAACUGGAUAACUUCCCUGGCUGAGUCCCAGCUACAGACACGGCAACAGAUCAGAAAACUAGAGGAGCUACAGCAGAAAGUUUCCUAUAAGGGGGACCCCAUUGUUCAGCACCGACCCAUGCUGGAGGAGAGAAUUGUGGAAUUAUUCCGAAAUCUCAUGAAAAGUGCCUUUGUGGUGGAGAGGCAGCCGUGUAUGCCCAUGCAUCCUGACCGACCCCUCGUUAUCAAGACAGGAGUACAGUUUACUAACAAAGUCAGGCUGCUGGUGAAGUUCCCGGAGCUGAAUUACCAACUGAAAAUUAAAGUUUGCAUUGACAAGGAUUCGGGUGAAGGUGCUGCGCUAAGAGGUUCUCGCAAGUUCAAUAUCCUUGGUACAAGCACCAAAGUUAUGAACAUGGAGGAAUCAAAUAAUGGGAGUCUGUCUGCUGAGUUCAAACACUUGACUCUGAAAGAGCAACGAUGUGGCAAUGGGGGAAGAGCAAACUGUGAUGCCUCCCUUAUAGUGACAGAAGAACUUCAUCUAAUCACAUUUGAGACAGAAGUUUCUCAUCAGGGGCUGAAGAUAGACCUGGAGACUCAUUCCCUGCCUGUUGUGGUGAUUUCCAACAUCUGUCAGAUGCCCAAUGCUUGGGCCUCUAUCCUGUGGUACAACAUGCUGACCAACAACCCAAAGAAUGUCAACUUUUUUACCAAGCCCCCCAUUGGCACUUGGGAUCAGGUGGCAGAGGUGCUAAGCUGGCAGUUUUCCUCCACCACAAAACGUGGCCUAAGUAUUGAGCAGCUAACCACACUGGCAGAGAAACUGUUGGGCCCAGGAGUCAACCAUUCUGGAUGCCAAAUCACCUGGGCCAAGUUCUGUAAAGAGAAUAUGGCAUGCAAAGGGUUUUCCUUCUGGGUUUGGCUGGACAACAUCAUUGACCUUGUGAAGAAAUGUGUCCUGGCCCUUUGGAAUGAAGGGUAUAUUAUGGGCUUCAUCAGCAAAGAGCGUGAGCGAGCUCUUCUGAGUCCCAAACCCCCAGGAACGUUCCUGCUCAGGUUCAGUGAAAGUAGCAAGGAGGGAGGCAUCACCUUCACCUGGGUAGAGAAGGACAUCAGUGGUAAGACUCAGAUCCAAUCAGUGGAACCCUACACCAAGCAACAACUAAACAACAUGUCAUUUGCUGAAAUUAUUAUGGGAUAUAAAAUCAUGGACGCUACCAAUAUCCUGGUGUCCCCUUUGGUUUACCUGUAUCCUGAUAUUCCUAAAGAGGAAGCCUUUGGGAAGUACUGCCGGCCAGAGAGCCAGGAGCACCAGGAGCCCACAGACCCAGGUAGCACUGCUGGGUAUCUGAGGAAAAUGUUCAUCUGUGUUAGCCCCACAACUGAUUUUGCAAUGUCUCCUGGGACUUUUGAUUCUGUGAUGCAGUUUCUAGGGGAAGGGGCAGAAUCCAGCAAUGGAAACCAGUUUGAGACCCUGACGUUUGAUAUGGAGCUACCAUCUGCAGCUUCUCCCAUGUGACCUGCCACUUCUCUUCAUUUCUCAAAUGUUUCUCCUAUGCCAACAAGUUCUACCCUUCUUGUAUAACAGGGAGGCUCUACUUAGCAUAUUGUCCUUUUCCAGCCUCCACUUGGACUUGCUGCCAAUGGCCAACCAUUGUAUCCAUUUCUAUGCUAUCUCAGCUAAACGGAUUGCAAUGCAUUGUACCACAAAUCCACAGAAAUGGAUAUACAUUUAGUAUAUAUACAGUGUGCAAACAUUUUCAGACCAAUUCUAAACCAGCAGCACAAACUCCUACACCGGAAAGGUAUCUGCAAUAUGUUUUGUAUCCCAUAGAGAGACACAGCAUCUCUGUCGGAUGAAUAACAGGGCUUUGAGCCACUGUCUGACAUUCACCUUUGUGCACGUGAGCCAUUGCAAUGUUACCUUUGCCUUGUUUUGGAUCAUUGUCCUGCUGAAAGAUGCAUUGCAUUGAUGCUUACUGUUUUCUAAACAGACUAGAACUGGUUAUUUUGCAUUAUUCUCCUCUAUUUUUCACCACCCUUAUUUCCUUCUAUUCUGACCAAAUGGAAUGCCUUUAAUGGCCCAUUGUGCAAGGGGAGAUGAAGGUGAGAUAUUUAGUAAUUCCUUUUGCAAUUAAAAGAUACUUUUUUAAACACUACCCCACAAGCCCUCAUUCAGUGAAGGCUAUGGUCAAUAUGUGCUUGUCCUCUCAACAAAGGUAUAUGUACAUUCAUCUUUUACUGUAUCUAUGUUUCUUAAGUGGUGCCCUUGCUAUUAACAAAUACAAACUUUUUAUUGUCACAUUAAA